UACCAAUCUUCACAAAAACCCCUGAUUAAGCUUCGUCAAACAGGUGACUAAUGCUCACCUACGGCAUUUCCCUAAAUGUGCUCCGAUAACCUGGUGCGUGCCCUAAUCUAUAUCGUAUGAUGACCUUUGUUCGUACGGUUUCUAUCUCCACUAUCCUUGGAUUUCUCUGAUAUCCGAUUCAGUACAACCACAGCACACGUACGUGAUGCACGAUGAAGAUGGCCAAAGACAUCCGGAUUGUGAACGUCCCUUUGUGGGAAGUCGUAAAAAUACACUUUUUUACCUUCAUUUUCGGCGUCUGGAUUAUCUGCAAGAUGUUGGUGAAGUGGAUCUGGGACCCCAAAAGUUUUGUCACAGUGCAACAGCGUGACAGUCCACCGGCGUUUCUUGUCGAUUCUGCCCUAGGUCAACACAAAUACGUAAAGUUGAAGGGUGUCAAAUUCCACUACGUCGAAUCCGGCUCGAAGGAUAAACCCCUCGUCCUCCUCCUCCACGGCUUCCCCGACUGCUGGCUCAGCUGGAGGUACCAAAUCCCCGUGCUCUCCGAGCACUUCCGCGUGGUGGCCCUCGACCUCAAAGGUUUCGGCGACUCGGACAAACCAUCAUCUCGCAAAACCUACAAGAUCGACAUGAUCCUGGAGGAACUCCACCAACUGAUCAUCUCCUUGGGGGUUUCCAGCUGCAUUGUGGUAGGGCACGACAUCGGAGCCCUCCUCGGGUGGUACCUCGCUCACCAGUACCCACAAGUCGUGGACAAACUAGUGGCAGUUUCCUGCCCCCACCCCAACGUCUGUAAAACCACUAGAUACACGUCGUCGUACUACCGCUGGUUGAGUUUUGUCCAACUGCCGUACUUUCCAGAGCUGGAUGCUUUGAGAGAAGACGUGCAGAUUGUGAGUAGGUUUCACAAGCAUUUGCAAUCAGAUGACAGGUAUUUGGAAGGGUAUAAGUAUGCGUUUUGUCGCAAGGAGGACUGGACUGGUCCUUUGAACUAUUUUCGUAACUUGUUGUAUGUGGAGGUGGCUGGGAGUAGCAGGACUAUUCAGAGUCCGGUGGUUUUGAUAACGGGGGAUCAGGAUAAGUGUGUCAAGUUGGAGAAUAUUGUCAAGUCGACGGACUAUUGUGAGAAGUUUCAUGUGAAGAUCGUGGAUGGGGCUAGGCAUUUUCCGCACCAAGAGAGACACGGGCAGUUUAACGAGAUUCUUUUGAAGCAUUUAGUCAAGAAGAAACAUGUUAUAAGUGAGAGGGAUUUGGAUAAGUCGGCUGGGAGAGGUAUUAUGAAUAGGAUGUUUGGGGCUGUCAGUAACACUGUCAAAUACGGGAAUUCUGUGCUGGAUAGUGUCCAUAAAAGGACUAAUGGGGUGGUUGGGAGUAUACCUAGCAUGAAUAUUUUAAACUAUACUCACAUUUACGAGCACGGUGAGGGUUGAUUUCUGUAAUGAAGGUAGUGUAAAGUGGAUUUCGUGGUUAAUCCAGUGAUAUUUUAUAACAGUAGUUUUGUUGUAAGGGUAGGACUUAAACUUUUAUCCCUUUAACAUAGAUCUGGUAAUAAUUAUGUACUUCCCUUUGGUGUUCUAUUUCGUGCUGAAUGUUCCAUAUAAAAUCAAGACUGAAUAUACUGUAUCAUCAAACAUGGAACUUGCAUGUAUAUGUUAUAUUUUUAAAUUGUUUUGUUUCUUUUUUUAUUAUUGUGGUUGUUUAUGGUUUGUCAAAAAUUUUGAAACAUCUACGAUAAUAAAAAAUAGACGAAGAAUGAAAGUGAGAUUCUGUAGUUCCUAUAGUAUGAAUAUUUUAGAAUGUAACCGGUGUACUCACAGUUUUUGAAAAAAAUUUGUUUAGAUGUUGUGAUCUUCAUGUCUGCUUUAAUAUUAUGUGCUAAGUUUAUUUAUAUGUUACAUCGUUUUUUAUUAAUUUGCUACUUAAAUAAAAUUUUAUACCAACUUGAA